GGCCGAGCACCUCCUUCCUCUCCCCGCCGAGCUUGCGUUGCAAACUGCAGCUGCCCGGAGAGUCCGCUUCGCAGAGAGGAAACCCGCUUGCAGCCCGCAUGGCGCGGCUCCCUCCGGACUGAGCCUCGGGAGGGCUUUGAAGACGCGCCCUAAGCCCCGGAUCCGGAUUGGCUCUACAAAGGGGAAGAGUCGGCCCGUUUGCUUGACUGGGGCGGUUUUAUUUUUGCAAACGCUCCUCGUGCGGUGCAAGAAGGCACCUUUCUCCGCCGCUCCCGGGCAAAGAGGGAGGAAACUUUUGGAAGUGGGGAAAGGUUGGCUGCAAGCCCGGCGCCCCUUAGCUCUUUGAAACGUUUUCCAAAGGCCCGUGAGCGAACAUGCUUAUGGAUGAGGAAAAGGGGGCACCUUGAGGCUUGUGCCUGAUCUGUCCGUGGGGUGGGGGGUGGGGGGCUCUUUGGAUCUCGUCUCCUUCAAACCCCACGUUUGGCCUUCAAAAAAAAAGCCAGACGCUCCCAGGGGGGAGAAGUUGGCACAGCAGCCUCGCUGCGGGGGGCUCCGGUGGGCACCCUCGGACCGUCGAGGAGCGGGUCGAGACAUGGGCAGCACGGCCAUGGAUGCCAAGAAGAAAGAUGCUGCUGCCGGCGGCAAGAAAAACUCGGGCCAGAAGAAGCGCAUGCUGCAUGUCCACAUCCCGGAUCUGAGCUCAUUUGCAAUGCCAUUCCUGGAUGGAGAUGUGGACAGUUCAGAGAAACAGGCAUCACGGAAGGCGGAAGACUGCUACAACACGGGCAGCCCUUCCAAAGGACUCUUCUCAAAGGGGCUCCAGAACCGGCCUUCUAGUCCUGCCUCGGCCCCUGUCAAAUCCAAGCACAGUCCGGGCUCGCCCAAAACGGUGUUCCCUUUCCCCUACCAGGAGUCCCCGCCACGCACCCCCCGCCGGAUGAGCUUCAGUGGGAUCUUCCGAUCAUCCUCCAAAGACUCUUCCUCCCCCUCCUCCAACUCAUCUACCUCUCCUGGUGGCAUCAAGUUCUUCUCCAGGUCGAGAAAAACUUCUGGCCUCUCCUCUUCUCCGUCGACUCCAACCCAAGUGACCAAGCAAACAACGUUUCCUCUUGAGUCCUAUAAGCAUGAACCCGAGAGGCUAGAAUCCCGACUUCACUCAUCCACAUCGCCUCCAGAUACCGGCCAAAGGUUCAGCCUGCCCCCAGGACAGAGCGUGGCCAAGCCUCCCAAUCCGGCCCCCAGCCCCUGCGCUACCUCAAAAACAGCAGCUCCGCCGCAGCCCCCGGCCGCCUCCGAAGGGAUGCUGGAGAAACUGGAGCUCGAGGAUGAAGCUGUUGGUGAAUCGGAAAGUGACAUUUACAUGCGCUUCAUGCGAUCACAUAAGUGUUAUGACAUUGUUCCAACAAGCUCCAAACUUGUUGUUUUUGACACUACAUUGCAGGUAAAGAAGGCUUUCUUUGCCCUGGUGGCAAAUGGUGUUCGAGCAGCUCCACUGUGGGAGAGUAAAAAGCAAAGUUUUGUAGGAAUGUUAACUAUUACAGAUUUCAUUAAUAUACUGCAUAGAUACUAUAAGUCUCCAAUGGUACAGAUCUAUGAAUUAGAGGAGCACAAGAUUGAAACAUGGAGGGAGCUUUAUUUGCAAGAAACCUUUAAGCCUUUAGUGAAUAUUUCACCGGAUGCAAGCCUUUUUGAUGCUGUGUAUUCACUGAUCAAAAACAAAAUCCACAGAUUGCCCGUUAUUGACCCUGUGAGUGGAAAUGCACUUUAUAUUCUUACCCAUAAAAGAAUCCUCAAGUUCCUCCAGCUUUUUGUGUCAGAAAUGCCAAAGCCCGCCUUUAUGAAGCAAAAUCUGGAUGAGCUUGGAAUAGGAACGUACCACAAUAUCGCCUUUAUACAUCCAGACACUCCUAUCAUUAAAGCCUUGAAUAUAUUUGUAGAUAGAAGGAUAUCGGCUCUACCUGUUGUGGAUGAGUCAGGAAAAGUUGUAGAUAUUUAUUCCAAAUUUGAUGUAAUAAAUCUUGCUGCUGAAAAGACGUAUAAUAACUUAGAUAUCACAGUGACACAAGCUCUUCAACACCGCUCUCAGUAUUUUGAAGGUGUUGUGAAGUGCAGUAAGCUGGAAACACUGGAGACCAUUGUGGACCGGAUAGUGAAAGCUGAGGUUCAUCGAUUGGUGGUAGUAAAUGAAGCAGAUAGUAUUGUUGGUAUCAUCUCCCUCUCGGACAUCCUACAAGCACUAGUGCUUACACCAGCAGACCCCCACAAUCCACAUGCUGCCCUGUUUCCCAGGAACAGAGUGUGCAACAGCCCCAAUGAGCCACAGAGAGAGGAAGAAAUGGAACCUCCUCCAACUACUGGUAUUGCAGGUGCCAAACAAAAGGAAAAUGACACUGAAUGAUUGCUGUGAACACAAAUGUUUGUUGAGGAUCUUGAAUCAAGUUACUGGGUCAUAUUUGCCUCAAGAAUGCUGAUGGGUGGUAGAGAAGAGCAAAACGAUGAUGAGAAUGUGUGUCUUUGGACUGAGUGAUGGGUAACUAGUCUAUUAUUCCCCAGUGAUCGUCGCAGAACAAGCCGCAUGACAAAAAAAGCUUAUGUAUUUUUUAAAAAGGCUUGCAUUUCAAAAUGUUUGCUGAAAGACUUCACACGAUGUCCAUCUAAAAUGCACCGUAUCCUGAAACAAUACCAUUGUUUGCAUUUGGUGAAAGUCACUGGUCAGCAACAGAUCUCUGACAUAAGGCAAGUGAAUGGCAUAUUCAUAUCAUAGUGCCUUAUGUCAAAAAGCCAACGAUAUGUCAUCACAGGUGCCCAUCACAAACGGGAAGUAUCGUGCUGAACGAGACACUGAAUCUGAAUGUUCAAGUCGCUAAACCUAAAACCAAAUCAGUUUCAGUUAUCAUUAGAUUUGUCAUAAAACUGUAAUUUGAAUAUCAGUAGAUUACAACUUUAAUGACAAUGUGUGUGUUUUCAAAUGUUGUAUUCUGAACUGAGAUGGUUAAAGAAGACUGAUCUAAAACCAGCUUUAUUUAUUUUUAUUUUCUUGCAAUUUUUUACACAUCUUUUGGUGGAUAGCUAAAACUUCACCGUAUCCAUUAAUAAAACAUUGAUUGUUAUAUAA